AUGACUUCAACUGAAUUCAGUUACUACAGUUAUACGCCAAAUCCCAUUCGUUUCUCGUUAGCUUCGUAUAGAUCUGAAGAUACGAUAGAUUCAGCAGGGCUUGCCACUCCCGUGGAUGCAUCACCUCUUCCGCCACCAUCAAAUGUAUUUUCAGUUAUUAACAUUGUUAAUGAUGAUCCGUUACCUGAUCGAAGAGGUUAUCCAGCAGUCGCUGCAUCUUAUGCUGCCACUGCUCGACAGCAAGCGCAAACAACAGUAGCUAUGGCAAGCCCUACAACACCUACAGUUACGAUUCCUCCAUCUUAUGCAAACUCAACCUCAAUAUCAGCAGCACAAGCAGAAAGAGAAGGGUACAUUACAUACUUUGAUACAAUUGCAGAAAUCAACGGUAAUAAUUUAAGCUGUUCGCCUGAAAAUACCAAUACCAGUUCAAGAAAAAGGAAGUUGUGGCCAAAACUCAAACAAUUGAUGCCAACGAAUGCUGUUGCUCCUGCAGAAAGUACUACAAAUAACAUUAGUACCACCAAGGACCGCAAACUCAAACAUCUAUUCAAGUCAAUGACAAUUAAAGCGGCAACAAAUAAACAUGACAGCACUGUUCCUAUUGCUAGCUCUAAUUUGAUAGACGAAAGCCGAUACUGGCCACCGCAAAAGAGAUCACAAUUAGGCACAUUAAGAUAA